AUUGUUGCCCCGUUGGAGAAAACUUAUCGCCAAAAGAAGACCAUAUGUUAGAUCACACAUGUAAACAAGAAGGAGAAAGGCGAUGUUGAUUUGAGUGUCUGUGUGUUUGCUGUUUGUAUACAUUUCCCCGUAAGCCAAAUACACACACACACACACACACACACACAACCCAACACACACACAACCCAACACACACACACACACACACAAACACAACCCAACACACACACACACACACACACACACACACACACACACACACACACACACACACACACACACACACACACACACACACACACACACACACCCCAAACAAAACAAAAAAAACAUGAGCAUAUCACGUUUCUUAACCACAGCCACCAUCCCUAACCUCGCACUCCAUCACGCUUCACUACCGCUGUGGCGAGAAGCACCCCUAAAAUUCACCACAGCCGCCACAUUCACCACAGUACAUCAUAGACACUACACAAGAUACCCUGAAAACAACAACAAUGGGAAAAGGACCAUAGGAGACACAGAGCCGAAGGGAGAUGGGUUUCUUAGGGUUCUGGAGUUCCCCAAGGCCUCUAAGGGGUCUGGUAUGGUCUCAAAGGAAGAUCCCAAGAAGGCUGAUGACUGGAACGACAUUUUGAACAGGUGGUAUCAGCAGUAUCAAGAUUUUGUUGGCAUUACUGAUCUGAAGAAGGCUCAGGACAGAGUGACAGAGCUGUCAGAGGGCCUUCUGGCAGCGCAGGGGGAGCGGCGGCAGCUGCAGAGGGAGAUAGAGGACCUGCAGGCCAGACUUGUGCAGAACCACCAGCACAUCACCAAGACGGAGCAGUACUCUCAGGAACACAUGCGCCUCUUCUCCCAGGCACGGGAGUUGAACGAUCAGCUGCGGGAGGUUCGUGGUCAGUUUGCGGGGUACGAGCAGACAGAACGUGACACCUUCACCCAGCUGUCCGCUGCCAUCCGGGACUGCCACGAGAGGGAGCGCAUGCAGGGCCGAGCAGGGCAAGUACUGGUCCAUCAUCGCGUCAGUGGUGUCGGCGGCGCUUGCCUCGGUCAUCACAUCCGUCAACAACUGGGUCAGGAUACGAGAAAUUAAGGAUCACGUCACCACCUCUCAACAGUCUCUCCAGGAAGGCUACCAGCAAAUGCACCAUGAUAUCCUCGCCUCACUCGCCUCCCAUGCAUCCCAGGGACUUGCCAUGCCUCCCCAGGUUACACAGGACACUGGGGAAGGGGGCCAGGGGGUGAAGGUACCUGGGGAAGUGCCUGGGGCUGGGGAAUUCAAGGGGGAAGUGAAGAGUGUCAGGGAUUUAGAUGUGGGUGGUGUGUCAAGUUUUGCAGGGAGAUUCGAGGAGUUGAGUGGGAGUUUUGGGAGUGUUGCCGAGCGGAUGAGUAGAACGGCGGAUGAGCUGACGGGUGUGGCUAAAGAUGCGGCGAAGAUCUCUCAGGUCGUGGAGAAACUGACCAGUCUGUCGCAGGAGUUGAUGGGAGCUGCGGAAACUUCAAGACAAGCCAUGCAACACCUGACCAAAGCUUCCGAGAGUCUGAUCAGCCAGCUCUCGGCUGUACUAGCACCCAGGGAGGGGGGAAUGGUAUCCUUGCCGGCGGAGGUGGUAGUAGGAGGUGGCAGUAGUAGUGGUGGUGGUGGUAGUGGUAGUGGUGGUGAUGUCAGCUACCCCAGAGUUGCAGCCACAAUGCUGGUUGGUGCAGCUCUGGGUACCUUGGUGACUGCAUUCUUCCUAGGGGCUUUGGGGGGCUCUGGGGGCUGAGACACACACACACACACACACACACACACACACACACACACACACACACACACACACACACACACACACACACACACACACACACACACACACACACACACACACAGAGACAGAGGGUUAAAAGUUGAGGGAAUGAAAUAGAAUAAGGAGAAUGAAGGAAGGAAAGAGAAAAGUAAAUAGAUGGGAGAGAGAAGAAAGGAAUGAACACACACACACACACACACACACACACACACACACACACACACACAGAGACAGAGGAUUAAAAGUUGAGGGAAUGAAAUAGAAUAAGGAGAAUGAAGGAAGGAAAGAGAAAAGUAAACAGAUGGGAGAGAGAAGAAAGGAAUGAACACACACACACACACACACGCACACACACACACACACACACACACACACACACACACACACACACA